CAAGCUGACAUAGCUCCAAGUGUGUCAGUUCAUGCUGUGGCGACGAUGGGAGUGAACACUCACCUUAUACAGAGCGGUAUUGAAUUUCACGGUAAAGUACGAACAUUUACCCCAGCUAAAUUUACAGCAAAGAUAGACACAAAGGACAGAAAUUUCAAGAUUGAGUCUGCUCCAUGCCAACAAGAAGAGGAACUACUGCUGACAAGAUCUCAAGUGUUUGUUGUGUCAAGAAAUGUGGAAGAGCUGGAAGCAACAAAGAAAACACCAAUCUUACCCAGAGGAGCCGUACAACACAUUCUUAAGAAACACUUUGAGACUACCGGAAGGAAUUCUGAAGAAGCGGCCAGCAUGAUGGAUGUGUCUUCAGAAAUGGUGAGCAAGAAAUGGGCCUACUCCGCAGAAGUAACAGAACACCAAUACUCAUCAUCUAGGAACACUGAUGACUAUCGCUACUGUGCUAAAGCCCCUAAAUUUGGCUUCCAAGUCUGUCUUGAAACCAAAUAUCAAAAUGCCGGAUUCCUCAGACAGACCCCACUAUAUCGAGCAGUUGGAGAACAGGAAAUCAGAGUCACAAUAAAACCAGCUCAAAGUGAUGCACCAAUUGAAAAACUUCAGCUGGAAAUCACAGCUGGAACUAAAGCAGCUUCCAAGAUCAUUGCCAUGGUAACUGAUGAGGAUAAACAAGGUGAACAGCUUGAAGAGUCUGAGGUUCAUCUGAGACUCAAAAAGAUUCUUGGAAUAGAAGAUAUUGAAUAUAGAGCUAGAAAUGAAAGUUUACGUCAAAAUAAAAAAGGCAACAAAAAGAGCAAAAACGCUAAAACCCCAGAGACAGACGUUGUUGAAGCCAGAAACAAAAAGCCACAAUCCUCAUCCUCUUCCAGUUCUUCCAGUUCAUCUAAAUCAUCUAGUUCUUCAAGUUCAUCUAAUUCACCUAGUUCUUCUAGUUCAUCUAGUUCACCUAGUUCUUCUAGUUCAUCUAGUUCUUCAUCAAACUCUUCUCCUUCAUCUUCAUCAAGUUCAUCUCAGCAAUCUAGGCGCCAAAGGCAACAUCAAGGACAAAAGAAUGAAAAAGAUAUUGUACCUUCAGACAAUUAUCGCCAGCAGUCACAGAAAGACAGACAAACAGCUAAAGGGCGUCAUCAGCAGAGUAGUAGCAGCAGCAGCAGAAGCAGCAGUUCCGGCAGCAGCAGCAGCAAAAGAAGCAGCAGUUCCAGCAGCAGCAGCAAUAAAAAGAGUAGCAGCAGUAGCAGCAGCAGUUCCAGCGGUCAAAAUAGCAGAGCCCAAAAUAAGCAUCAUCAAAACCAUGGACAGCACACUCAGCGCAGUCAUGAACAGCAGAACCGUCAUAACAAACAUCUGAGAGAUUCUGACCUCCCUCAGGUUCAGCGUGAACUCUAUAAAUUACGAUUUAACCCAGUACGCAGACAAAGGACAUCAGGGCAGGCACAGUCCUCACAAUCCAGCUCAUCAAGCAGUAGCUCAUCAAGUAGUAGCUCAUCAAGCAGACAAAGUGGCGGAAGACAAUCACAUCGCGGAAGAUACCUGGGAGACAAAGCACCCCCUCAGGUUGUUAUCACUGCUCAGGCCCUAAGAAAUGACAACAAAAAACAAGGAUACCAAGUCAUUGUGUUUGCAGAGGAACACUCCUCUAAACCCAGGUUACAAGCCUAUGUGGUGGACAUCAGUAGAGAAAGCAGGUGGAAAAUCUGUGCUGAUGCAUACAUUAAAAGUCCUCAUGAAGCCCAGGCUGAAUUUAGAUGGGGCCAGCGGUGCCAGCAAUACAAGGUAGCCAUACAGGCACAGACCGGACGUUUAGGCAAUCAGCCAGCAUUCAGAUUGAAAGUGGAUUUACCUCGUGUUCCAUCUAAAGUGAAGAAAGUAGCAGAAUUUAUGGCUGAGUACGUUCCAGGAGCAGCAAUGAUGUUAGGAUUUUAUGAAAAAUUCCAGAGAAAUCCCUCAAAACAGAUGAAAUUAGUCCUUGCUCUUAGCUCCCCAAGAGCUAUGAAUGUUGUCCUUCAAGUACCAAAGAUGACCCUGGUUUAUCAAGCAUUACAACUUCCACUGGCUGUAACUGCAGGUUGGCACGUACAGCCUGCUGAUAUUCAGGUGCCUACAUGGAAUAUAUUUGCUGAUGCUCCACAGAUGCUGAUGAAUAGACUUCAAGGACAAUGUGUAAUUACCAGUAACAGUAUAACAACCUUCAAUGAAGUUAACUUUAACUACUCAAUGCCUGGAAACUGCUUCCAUAUAUUGGUUCAGGACGCCAGUUCUGAUAUGAAAUUUUUGGUGAUGAUUAGGAAUUCUCCACAAUCUACAGAGUAUAAAGAUAUCAAUGUCAAACUUGGCAGCUUUGAUGUGGAUAUGUAUUCCUUGUCUGGAGAACAGAAGCUUAAGGUUAAUGGAAUUGUGGUGCCAAAGCAGAGUUUGCCAUACCAGCCUUCCUCUUCUCCAUUAAUAACCAUACAGAAUGAAGGUGAAGGCUUUUCACUUUCAGCUCCAGAUUUCGGAAUUGAUAAACUUUAUUACGAUGGAAAAUUAAGCAAGGUUAGAACCACCUUAUGGAUGAAGGGAAGAACCUGUGGAAUAUGUGGUCAUUCUGAUAGUGAGAACUUACAGGAGUUCCAGAUGCCAGAUGGUAAUGUUGCCAGAGAUGAAGCAAGCUUUCUGCAUUCUUGGAUUCCAGCCGAAGAAGCUUGUUCUGGAGCCUGUAAACUGCAGCGCACAAUGGUGAAACUUGAGAAAUCAGUUGAUAUUGAUGAAUAUGAAUCUAAAUGUUAUUUAGCCCAACCAGUUCUGCGAUGUAUAAAAGGAUGUUCACCAGUUAGUACGACUCCGGUAUCAGUUGGCUUCCACUGUCUGCCUGCAGAUGCUUCCACAGACUUUCUUGAAGGCCAAACAAAGAUAGACAAGCCUGAAGAUCUAUUUGAGACAGUAGAUGCUCAUACAGAAUGCUCCUGUGAAUCUCUUAAGUGUAACUAAUAAUCUGCCCCAUGAAUAAGAGCACACAAUGUUCAUAUAAAUUAACAAUGUCACCUAACUAAUGAAUGAGACUCACACCAGAAAUUGUAUAAUACAAUGUUGUAGAUAUGUUAAUUUCCAAUAAAUAUUUGCAUCCA